AUGAUCUUCGCCGCCCGUCAACUUCAGAAGAAGUGUCAGGAGAUGCAGACCCACCUGUACUCUACCUUCGUGGACCUGACGAAAGCCUUCGAAACUGUGAAGCGUGAAGGACUGUGGAAGGUCAUGCUGAAAUUCGGCUGUCCGGAGCGAUUCACUCAGAUGGUGCGUCAGCUGCACGACGGUAUGAUGGCGCGAGUCACGGACAACGGAGCUGUCUCAGAGGCAUUCGCAGUGACCAAUGGAGUGAAGCAGGGCUGCGUACUGGCGCCUACCCUCUUCAUUCUUAUGUUCUCUGCCAUGCUGAUGGACGCCUACCGCGACGAACGCCCUGGAAUCCGCAUCGCCUACAGGACGGACGGUCACCUCCUGAAUCAACGGCGGAUGCACUUCCAAUCGCGCGUAUCCACAACCACCGUUCACGAACUCCUCUUCGCCGACGACUGCACCCUAAACACCACCUCGGAAGAGGAGAUGCAACGGAGCAUGGACCUGUUCUCCGCCGCCUGCGAGAACUUCGGUCUGGUCAUUAACACGCAGAAGACGGUGGUGAUGCACCAACCGCCACCCAACUCAGCCACAGCCCCCAACGCGCCGCCGCAAAUCAACGUGAACGGAACCCAACUGCAAGUGGUGGAGAACUUCCCGUACCUGGGCAGUACCCUCUCCCGCAACACCAAGAUCGAUGACGAAGUCGCCAAAAGGAUCUCGAAAGCCAGUCAAGCCUUCGGUCGCCUCCAAAGCACAGUUUGGAAUCGCCACGGUCUUUAA